GGGUCUUCCUAAAAUUGCUAUAGGGUAUGUCUGCUGAAUCGCCUAUUACGGGGAUCUUUAAGAUUACGUUCUGUGAGUAAGCGCUGAAUGGAUAGUCGUUAACACUACACAAUUAAACAGAUACAUACACAAGUGAAGGAAACCUGAUCGUCCAAACCUCUCCCUGUAAUCCUCUCAAGUUGGUGACGUGAUACUGUUAGUUUACAGGUUUUCCCUGGCCGGACAAGACUUAUUCCGAACUGACCGGAAAAGUCGGGAACGUUACAUGUGAGGGUUUGCGGAGUGUCUGUGAUAGCUUUCUUUGCCAAGCGUUAGACAGGUGUUCUCCGGAGACACACAGGGACAUAAGACGAAGAAGCGUCAGUUUAAGACAUUGUGGUGUGUUAAGGUGUAGGACACAGCGCCAUGCAGCACUUUCCUUAUCAUUAUACGCCGGAACACCUGGCCUGUCUCAGGAACUACCAGAUAGGACUUCUGGCCGCUUCCGCACCGACAUCUUCCUCCUUGUUCACAAUCGAGAACAUCUUGUCUCCACGAACUCCUCAGCCACAGCAGCCGCCUCAGCAGCCGACCCGACGAUUCGCCCCACACACCUUCCCUAACCUCUCGCCCCUCCAUAGGGACUAUCUCGUACGAUACCACUAUCCUUUCCAUGGUAUCUUUAACUCACUGGAUAUCGAGAAAUUGGGACAGAAGCGGAAGAGACGACACAGGACUAUCUUUACCGAGGAACAGCUGGAGAUGCUUGAAGGAACCUUCCAGAAAACCCACUACCCAGACGUCCUUCUUCGGGAGGAGCUGGCCAUGAAGGUGGAACUAAAGGAGGAGAGGGUCGAGGUUUGGUUUAAGAACCGAAGAGCAAAAUGGCGGAAAGUGAAGCGCGAAGACGAAGCCACAAAACAAGGUCAUUCUGGAUCCAAACCAAAAUCCACUAUUACGUCAGAGGCACAAAAGGCCCGGAUAUCAGAAAACGACAGUGGAGAUGAUAAUAACGACGAUGAUUUAGGCGAAGAUAUGACGAUUUGUGUAGACGACGAUUUCAGCACGUCGAGUCCUCUUCAGAGAGAAGAAAAUGAAAGUGUUUCUAGUGAUGAUAAUUCUCAUUGUGAACAUAAUGACGCUAACGAUGGAGAUCACGUGAUCGACAAGAAAGACAAUGGUGCCACACUAGAAAAUGAAAGCUCAAAUAGUAGUUCUAAUUCUGUUGUACAAAACGACAACGUUUCAUUAGAAUCACAUGAGCGUGUAACUGAGGACGGUCUUAUUUCACCAAGAUGAUAUGGAGACGACAGAGAGCCAAAACAAACAUCCAAAAUUACUAUUUAAAUAUUUGAUUAUAACGUAUGUGCAUGUACCGGAGGUGUUCGUACAUCACUACCUAAGCACUCCAUUAGACGGACGAGGAUUUGUUUUGUAACAGGGUACUGCGUCGACAAUUGGACAUUAGUGGAAUUAAGUCAGCGCAUUAGUAGGGUUACAGACUGGAUUACGACGCGCACCUAUUGUAGUGACAAUGUGAUUCAGUACAGUGCGAUGCCUAAGGACAGAUGCAUCAAUGUUUGAUGAGUGCUGUAUUUUAGCGCGGGCGCCAGAACGUGAACUAGAGAUGCUGUAUGUUACCUAGUCAAUGUUUUGUCAUGACUAGUUAUUGUUGGCAUAUUUUAAUUCUAGCAAAGACUAUAUAUAUAAUGUGUAGUAAGAGAAGAGAACAAUUCCGGUGCCAGUGAAGGUAGUCACGUGUUGUUGACCCAGAUGUAUAUGUUGUUGUCUUUGAGAUGAUUACCGUAGGUGUGUCGUUUUAAAUAUCUCAAUGUUUUGUCUAAUUGUCAUAAAUACAAUAAAACAGUGAUUAGAAAUCA